AUGCACUGCAUCAAGCCUACCUACACCAUAGCAAGCCCACAAGCCCACAUGCACUGCAUCAAGCCUUCCUACACCCUAGUAAGCCCACAAGCCCACAUGCACUGCAUCAAGCCUACCUAUACCAUAGCAAGCCCACAAGCCCACAUGCACUGCAUCAAGCCUACCUACAUCCUAGUAAGCCCACAAGCCCACAUGCACUGCAUCAAGCCUACCUACACCCUAGCAAGCCCACAAGCCCACAUGCACUGCAUCAAGCCUACCUACACCCUAGUAAGCCCACAUGCACUGCAUCAAGCCUACCUACACCCUAGUAAGCCCACAAGCCCACAUGCACUGCAUCAAGCCUACCUAUACCAUAGCAAGCCCACAAGCCCACAUGCACUGCAUAAAGCCUACCUACACCCUAGCAAGGCCACAAGCCCACGUGCACUGCAUAAAGCCUACGUACAUAUUAGCAAGCCCACAAGCCCACAUGCACUGCAUAAAGCCUACCUACACCCUAGCAAGGCCACAAGCCCACGUGCACUGCAUAAAGCCUACGUACAUAUUAGCAAGCCCACAAGCCCACAUGCACUGCAUAAAGCCUACCUACACCCUAGCAAGGCCACAAGCCCACGUGCACUGCAUAAAGCCUACGUACAUAUUAGCAAGCCCACAAGCCCACAUGCACUGCAUAAAGCCUACCUAUACCAUAGCAAGCCCACAAGCCCACAUGCACUGCAUAAAGCCUACCUACACCCUAGCAAGGCCACAAGCCCACGUGCACUGCAUAAAGCCUACGUACAUAUUAGCAAGCCCACAAGCCCACAUGCACUGCAUAAAGCCUACCUACACCCUAGCAAGGCCACAAGCCCACGUGCACUGCAUAAAGCCUACCAAGGCCACAUGCACUGCAUCAAGCCUACCUACACCCUAGUAAGCCCACAAGCCCACAUGCACUGCAUCAAGCCUACCUAUACCCUAGUAAGCCCACAAGCCCACAUGCACUGCAUCAAGCCUACCUACACCAUAGCAAGCCCACAAGCCCACAUGCACUGCAUCAAGCCUACCUACACCCUAGAAAGCCCACAAGCCCACAUGCCCACAUGCACUGCAUCAAGCCCACCUACACCAUAG